UCCAUGGCUUCCUCAAGGUUUGAUGCCGUCGAGACCCCGAUCUCGAUCUCGAUCUCGAACUCGAACUCGAACUCGAACUCUCGUCCUCGUCGAAUUGAGCUACAAGCCCCGCGGCCUGCGUCGCUGAUGCUCCGCGAGGGGUCGCGCACGAUCGACAAGCGGAGGAAGCCGGUGAUCAUAUACAUGGUCUCGCCGAAGGUGAUCCACGCGGAGGCGAGCGAGUUCAUGUCGUUGGUUCAGCGCCUGACCGGACCCGACUCCCCCACCUGCAACAACAACAGCAGCUCAGAAACUCCUAAAUCCUUCACCGCGCACCGCCACAGCCGCCACCGGAGUACUCAGGGCCGACAGUUUCCGGUCCGCGUCAAGGCGCGAACACUGAACCCUUCUAGAAGUAUUGAAGCCUUGGCUCAUGAUCAUCAUCAAAGUCGAGUACCGGUUCAACCGAUAUCUCCGACUCUAUUUUUACGUGAUUUGUGCUCGCCUUCGAUCAGCGGCGGUAGCUCUCUGAACUGGUUGCUGCAAGGGGAUGAUCUCUUGACUCCGCCUUCGAGUUUGCGCGGUUCGCAAAACUACCUUGAUAUAUUCAGCCAAGAAUAGAAUUCGAUCUCUCGACGCGUGUAGUCGGUGACGAAAACGGUGAUUUGCAAGUACUACAUGCAUGGUUUAUCUCAAAAUCAAAUCCUAUGCUCAAUAUUGAACCUUGUUUUGGUUUUUUUUUUUUUUGUGAUUUUUGUAAAUAAUGAGGAGUUUGUUAUUAAUUAGGUUCUCAUUGGUAAUGGUGUGAGGGUUUGUUUGUUUGUAUUAUAUUCAAAUAUGUAUGUGCUGUUGAAAAUGACAAUGUUUUCAUACUUGUUUCUGCA